AUGGUGGAGUCUCUUUGGAUAGAGCCCAACUAUGCCGAGUGCUUCAAUAUGGAGAGAAAAAUCAAGAAAGCAAUGUUUGCUACAAAUGAUUUUAAAAGUGAUCAUGAAGGCUGCAACAAAGUGGAGGAGGAUGCUGCCACGAUGGAGAAUGAGGAUGACGAACAAGAAGAUGACGCUGACGAUGAUGAUACAUCUUUUGCAUCAUGUGAGGCUAUACAACAGCAUGGAGUGGAUGCCAUUGCUGAGGAGUUCAUAAAUAAAAUGAAAGGGAUCUGGAAACAUGAAAAUAAGAAAUCAGAUUAUCAGGAUCGUAAUUGGAAGGAGCACAGAGUGGAUGCAAUUGCAGAGUUUAUAAAAAAAAGGAGAGGAUGCUGGAAGCUUGAAAAGCAGAAAUCAGUUGAGGAUUAUAAUCAGAGAUGGGCUUGUCUCUUUGAUUAUUAA